AUGGUCGAGCAGUCGGACCGAGCCCCGCUCCUGGACUGGGAAGAGAUCCCACCGAACCCGAACCAAGCGGCUCCGUCGCUACCUGCGGCGCCCAAGGAAAAGGGAGAUGUGACGUCGCGGAAAAAAACUUCGACUCCAGUGUGUCUCCAGGUGACAGAGAUUGGCAGAAGGAACAACAAUUGCACCGUCAUCAGCUGCCCGACAGCUGUUGUUGACGGCCGGGAGAGAAGCCCGAUGGGCCGGGAAAAGCGUUCCAGCCAUAUGCAGGGUCAGCCGGUUCCUCCCUUCCCGGAUGUGACAGUGAGAGAUCAGUGGGAGGAAAAAGAUCACAUCGUGGCUGUGUUUGUCGUCACCUUUAAUACACGGUCAGGGAACAUGGUCGAGUGGUGCUUACCUCAUGACAUUAACCUGGAUGGAGUUGAAUUCAAGGCAAUGGCCAGCGGUUCACAUAGGAUUACGAAUGACUUUGUAUAUUUCCGCAAAGGCUCUUACUUUGGGCUGGCCUGCUUUGCUAAUAUGCCUGUGGACAACGAAUUGGAACGGGGAGCCCGGAUGAAGUCUGUAGGAAUUCUGUCUCCUUCCUACACGCUGCUGUACCGCUACAUGCACUUCCUGGAGAACCAAGUCAGACUCCAGUUAAAGAAUCCAUACCGCUAUUCCGCCCUGGAGGCCUUCUAUGAAGACAAGAAGGCCAUCCUUCCACCGACAGUAAACGGCCUAGUCACUGCUUGCCCUACCUGGAGUGUGACCACCAUCAACCGCUGUAUGCAUCCAGAAAUGAAGAUCACUCACCCGGCCGGCUGCAUGUCCCAGUUUGUCCAGUUUUUCGGGGAGCACAUAAUGGUUUUGUGGAAGUUUGCACUGCUUCGGAAGCGGCUCCUCAUCUUCUCCCCACCACCUGUCGGUGUGGUCUGCUAUAGAGUUUACUGCUGUUGCAGCCUGGCCAAUGUCUCUUUACCUGGAAUUGGAGUGUCUGUGCCUGAAUUACGACCUUUCUUUUACAUCAACGUAGCUGACAUCCCUGCACUGGAAACAGAGAUGUCAUAUGUGGCCUGCACCACCGAGAAGAUUUUUGAAGACAAGAAGGAUUUGCACGAUCUGUAUAUUGAUAACCAAAAUGUGAAAACACACAGGAGCCAUUUACUGCCCUUGCUGCGAUUGAAUGCUGCAGAUAAAGAGAGAUACAGGAAACUGAGCGAACAGAGGCAAUUGUUGCUGUAUUCUCAAGAAGUGGAUGGAGAUUGUACGUCGAAUGAGGAAGAUCUUUUUAUUGUGUUCUUCAUGGAGCUUAAUAACCGCAUCUUCCAGAUCCUUUCCGAGGUUGCGAGUAGUGCUGAUCCCACCUUAACGGCGGAGCAUGUGAGAGCCAUGGGGCUGGAUCCCCAGGGCGAUCGCUGCUUCCUGGGGGAGCUGCUGGAGAUGUACGGUGUUGAUGUCACUCUGGUUGUAGAUAACCUCUGCUGCCACUAGCCUUGGAAAUGCAGGAUUACACCAGUCGGCGGUGACUUUAAGAAACACACACACAAACACUGAGACACUACUUACACCCCGAGCCUUCAUCUGUUGCCUGCUCUUCCAUUGUCGGUGUUUGUUUUCGUUUGUGUAAAUUGUGUCAUCUGGCUGUCUGUCGAAGUGGAAUGGACUCAGUCCUGGCUGAUGGUGCUGUGCUCUUUUAGCCAUCUUAUUACUGUACUAUUUUUGUUUGUGUUUCCCCCAACACUGGAUAUGUGCUCGAUAAUAUUAUGGUGUGAGCGAUCCCUCCCUGUGCACCAAUCAGUGAAUUGCACAGGAAUGGAAUUGGACUGUCUGUCAUUCUGCUGUGAUCCUUGUCCAUUUGUGAGAGCAUUGACCACUCUUUUGGCUUUACAAAAAAAGAAGCAAUAGAAGUGUGCAUCUUUGUCGGCGAUGGGCUUUUCACAUUAUUUCGUAAAUCGUUCACAUUUUGGCACCUUCAUCUUGAGUUAGGUUCUCAAUGAAUGUGAUUCUAUGACACGUUAUUAGGAACGCUGCAUCUUUUUACGCCAUUUGCCACGGGACUAUUUGUCACACUGAUCAUGCAUCUUACACGCUCAGAAAAAAAAAAUCAUUGUAUCCUGGGGUACGAUGUUUUCUUACUGCAACUCAAAGGUACUCUUGUAUUUGUACUGUUUGUACUUGUACCUCUUGAGUCCAGAAGUGUGUGAAUGCUGAGAGACAAGCAAUUCCUCAACUGCAUUUUGCAACAUUUCUGAGAUCUCUUAGAAUUCACACUUGACUUCUAAGGGAAAAUGAUUGGCCCUAUGGCAUACAUUAGUGUGGAUUACAUCUGGGUGGAGAGAAAUAGACUUCGAUGGGACCCUCAUUUCUGACACUUUAAGGGGAUUUGUGUGUUGUUACUGAAACACUGUUGAGGCUGUUCAUCCGCUUCUCUUUGUUCUCAGCUUUUUGAAUGAAGGGUCCUUGAUGGAGCGCAGAGGAGAUCCUCCUCCUGCCUUGUGUCUCUGUGACAAAGUUCUCUUUGUGUUGCGAUGCUAGGCAGCAGCUUCAACUCUUCCUCAUUGAAAUUCACAAAAUUAAAAACCUCCCCCGCUUCUCUCUUUUCAUCGCCGUCUCUUUGAGUAAAUCCAAGUCUGGAGUGGGAUCAAGUGUGUUUGAACACUGCUAGCAAAUUGUGGAAGUAAUCCAUCGCAGUGCCAGUCUCCAAUAAUUUUGUUCCAUGUUGGAACACCAAGGCUGGGGCUAAUAUAAGUUCACAGAGGUGGUUCUCAAAUGUCUCAAUAAUUAACCCCUAUCCAAGCGAGGAACUACUAAUUUAGAAGGAUGCCAGAAACAGCUUUAUUGUGGUUUGACACCAUGCUUCCUGGGUUGGUUUAUUAAACAUCAAGUGCAAUUUGUACUGUACAUAUUUAAAAGAACAAAAACUUAAGCUUUGUUUAUUUUUAAACGGGGCCUUAAGGAAAUAUGACAUCAGUGCGACACUGUUAUACUGUAUGCGAUUAAGUAUAGUAUAUAUAUGAAUGCUCUGUUGCCUUGGACCAGUCUAUUUACUUUUCAGCAGCCAAGAUUAUUUGCAUUCCUGGUGUACAUGAAAUGUCAAAAGUGGGUUGACAUACACACAAAUACACAAAUGUGUAAGACUCAUUGUGGAGAUGCUCACUGAUGCAUACCAGCAUUAGCUACAAUUACUGUUUGUAUAAUGUGCCACUCUGAAUGUCCAAGACACACAUUGUACAUUUUCUACUUGACUGUAGUGUAUACCAAGAACAGUCACUGGAAUUAAACAUUAAACACAUCUGAAGACAAUAGCAUGAGCAACUGUUAAUUACACUGUACUUUGUAUAACAAUAAAACAUUUAUUGUC